AUGACUGUUUUCAAAUUCAUAGAAGAAGAGGCCGUGUUCAUAGGUGCCAACAGACAGGCUUACGUUGCUGAUUACAAUCAAGCAGAGAGUUUAGUCGCAUUUGGGGCUUCAAACACUAUAGCCUUAUGGGAUCCAAUUGCAAAAGAUAAGAAAGGUGUUUACUCUACCUUGAAACAACACACUAAGGAAAUCACUGGUAUAAGAUUUAUUCCUGGAACCCCGUAUUUUGUUUCCGUUGGUGAAGAUAGUCAAAUCAACGUCUGGAAGAAUGAAGGAAGCUCAUUUACUCUUCAUCAAAGUAUCAACUAUCAUGAAGAUUCGAUUACUUGUCUCAGUGUUAUAGAUGAAAGAGUCUUUGCUACAGGUAGUGCUGAUGGAUUCAUUGCAUUAUGGGGGUUUAGUGAAACGGGAAAUGUCAAUUUGAUCCACGAAUUCCAAGUAAGAUUCAAUUUUUACCCAUUAGCCUUGGCUCUACAAGAUAUUGACGAAAAUGGGAACUACCUUUUAGCGGUUGGUGGGACCACAUUCAAUUUAUUCAUAUACUCAUUUCAAUUGUCAUCGAAUAACUCACAAAUCUCCCAUUUCAAUCAAGCAGCUGCAAUGACUGGUCAUGAAGACUGGAUUAAGUGCUUAAGUUUUGUUGCAGAUACUAAACAUAAAAGUUAUAUAUUGGCUAGUGGUGCACAAGAUAGAUAUAUAAGAUUAUGGAGACUUCGAUUAAACGAUAUGAUUGAUGAUUCAGAUGAAGAUGAGCUGAAAUUAAUCCUUUUAUCCAACAAACAAUAUAAAUUUACAUUCAAUGAAUCUGCUUCAACACCAUCUAGAGCAGCAUUCAGUUUCGAGGCUCUUAUAAUGGGACAUGACGAUUGGGUCACUGGAUUACAAUGGCAUCCCUCCUAUUUGAAUGAUUCACCCAACAAAAAACUACAAUUAUUAUCAUCAAGUGCCGAUACUGCAUUAAUGAUCUGGGAAAUGGAUGACGAAUCGGGGAUUUGGUGUUGUGUGAAUAGACUUGGUGAAAUGUCUAUUAAAGGUGCAUCUACUGCUACAGGGGCUAGUGGUGGUUUCUGGUCAUGUCUUUGGUUCUUGGAUAAUAACCAAAAACAAUAUAUUCUCGCUAAUGGUAAAACUGGUUCGUUCAGGCUCUAUGAGAGUAAAGACGAAGAGGCCAAAACUUUUGAAUCAACUUUAGCAGUCACUGGUUCUACAAGGGAAAUCACAGAUGUUGUUUGGUCAAAGAAUGGUGAUUACUUCACAGCUACUUCUUUGGAUCAAACCACCAGAUUAUUUGCUCCUUGGGUAGCCGGAAGAGACUUUAAAACUUGGCAUGAAUUUGCUAGACCACAAAUCCAUGGGUAUGAUAUGAUUUGUAUGGAUAAUAUAACUAAUACAAAAUUUGUUUCUGGUGGUGAUGAAAAAAUUUUAAGAGUUUUCGAAAUAACCAAUUCUAUAAGUUCUCUUUUGAAAAAACACUGUAACAUAGAUAUUCAAGCAAAUGAUGAUGCAUUACCUGAAUCUGCAUCCUUACCAGUUUUGGGAUUGUCUAAUAAGGCUGCCAAUGAAGCUCACAUAGAAGAUGGUCAAGUUUCGCAACAACAAGAAGACGAAGCCAACAACGUCAGUGCAGCCACCGCAGAUGACGAUAUCUUGGCUACCUUGAAUGGACCUCCUUUGGAAGACCACUUACAAAGAUAUACUUUAUUCCCCGAAAUUGAAAAAUUGUACGGCCAUGGUUACGAGAUCACUUGUACCGCUACUAGUCCAAGUGGUCGUUUGAUAGCUUCAGCUUGUAGAUCCAAUUCUGCAAAACACGCGGUCGUUAGAAUAUUCGACAGUGAAGAUGAAUAUAAACAACUAGAUCAAUUAUUAGAGGGCCAUACUUUGACCAUCACCAGUUUAGAAUUCUCUCCAGACGGUCAAUACUUAAUUGCAGUUUCAAGAGACAGAUCCUUCACUUUAUGGAAAGUUGUCGAUGAAGCAAAAGGAAGCUUUGAGCUAGUUCAACUCAAAGAAAAAGCCCAUACCAGAAUUAUCUGGGAUUGUUCUUGGGCACCUCAAAACAAAUUCGGCCAAUUCUUUGUCACCGGUUCUCGUGACAAACAAAUCAAGCUUUGGCAAAUAGACCAAACCGAAGCAAGACUCAUUGCUUCCUCGAAAGUGGCCGACCCAGUCACCUCUGUUGCAUGCUUCCAAGAAUCAUUACUCAGUGGAAAUAAGUUGAGUAUAGCUGUGGGUACCGAAAGUGGCUCUAUAUCCUUAUACUCAGUCAAUCUCGAAGAAGAAUCCAAAGGCUUUGUCUCUAAUCACCAAUUUGACACCAUCAUUACCCCAGCCGGAAGAAUCAAUAAACUUAGCUUCAGUCCUCACCUCCAUGAAAAUGGCAACAAGCUUAUUUUAGCUGUCGGAAGCGUCGAUUCCUCCGUCCGUGUAUACAGCAUCGAGAAGUCAAUCGUUACUUAA